AUGUUUGCUCGAAAACGAAUGGCAGAGGUUGUCCGGCGCGCUUUAUAUUGCUGCCGUCGAGGCCGCUCGUCGACCCGUUCCGGUCCGGCCGGGAACGUUGACGUGAUGCUGGCGAUAAUUCCGGAUAAGAGUCAACCAGUGAUUCGUUUGAAGUUUUUAUUUGCUCGCCGUCGGUGCGCUCGUCGACGACGACGGCGACGACGACGGCAGCAACGCUUGGAACUUUGGAGUACGCAUGUUUGCGUUCACAUGUACGUAAGAACGCUGCGUUCUCUGCUGCAAAAUUCGAUGCAAGUAGACCAGUUCCGUUACAGAGCUAUACUUUGUGGCGCACGCGCGAUCAUACACGCGAUUGUGACAAAUACGGUAAAAAACCGCCCUGCACAACAUGCUGAGCUACUCGUGGCUCAUUCAUAA